AUGAGUUUGUCUCCAUUAUAUGACUCUCCUGCUCCAGAUCUUCAAGAUCCAAGCUUGGUGAAUAUUAAUUUGCGUGAUUGGCUUGACUACUACAAGUGGCGAGGUCUUUGCUCUCCGGAUGAAGAAAGUAUUUCUAAUCCACUGGCAUUACUACUUCACUGGCCUCUUACUCUUUAUCAUAUUGUUGCACACAAGCUUCCAAAAAUAAACCCCUUCUGUAUCCCAAAAGCUUUGAUAAAUCGGAAACUUAUCAUACAUGUGAUUGGAGUCGAAAAAGAACUCUCUCUUUUGCCAGUAUUCAAAGAACUGGAUCAUUUGUUCAAACCACAACUCAGAAUCUAUAUCUAUUUCAUUGGUAGACAUUUUGAUUCUGCAGCGGAUAGAGUUGUUUAUCAUCUUUCUUCACGAUUGUCUGUAAGUGUUUGGAGUGGAUUAUAUCAUGAAUUUUUGCAUACUCAAAAAUCAACAAGUGAACUACCCGAUUUAGUUAUUGGUUUCAAUGCUGGUCUUGCUGCCUAUCCAACUUGGCCACUCACGCUGUCUUCCAUCGCUGAAAUUGGUGUGCCAGUGUUCUUUACAGAUUCUUGCUUAUACAGUUCAUUAUGGGGUUUCCAAGUAUCAAGUUCUUUGGGUUUAGGCCCAAGUAAACCUGAUGUCAUUUUGGACAAUGGUUAUGACCAAACCAAUGAUUCCAAUCAAACAUGUCUGUUUCUAAAUCCGUUUCGAAGCCCUAUCCGUAUUGAGGCUCCUGGUGUGCGAUGGAGCUGGUUCUCAAACGCCUUCAUAUUCUCCCCUUUUUAUUCUGCAGACUAUUUACAGCAACGGUCAGACCUACCUCCGCGAAUGGCUUCAAUGAAUGUAUGA